CACAGUCUCUUACAGUUUAUCUCACUUGUCUGAUUUUCGGUUAAACAGUCGACAUGUCGAACCACAUCUCGUUAAUAAACGUUGAAAAUUUAACGAGGCCUAAUUUUCCCUACAAACAAAUUUUUGCCAACAAAUUCAGUGUAAAGUGUCAAUUAAUAGUGACAAGUGAUAUUGAACGUCGAAGAAAUAUAUCGCAUGGAUCAUAAUCGAUGAAUUAAAUUUUUAGAAAACAUUUUCAAAAAUAAAAGUUAUAAGGAGAUUGCGCAUAGUUUUACAGUUGAUCAAACUUGAUUAGCAUCUUUCCGCGAUUAAUUUUCUCCUAAAUCUCAGUUUCCGCAAUUCUGUCUUGUGUAUGUAUAUAUAUAUAUAUUUGUGUACAAUUUAUCACGAGAUUUAAGUCAACAUCUCGUGCGGUGUGUUUCCUCUAUAGCGACUCCGGAAGUUGCGCUUCCGUUAAACAAUUAUAAAACUUCCUGUCUUGAGAUCAUCGUGGCUGCCAAGAUUCGCGGGAGUAAUUAUCGUUAAGUAACUUUCAAAAGAAACGAAACUAUAAAUAUUCUAAAAAAGAAUGUAAACCAAAAGAAAAAGAAUUUUCACUCAAAGAAAUUGACAAAAAUAGUAAAAAGAUACCUUAAAUGUUUUUAUAGGACGUCCCAUUGCAGGGAGUAAAAAAAAAAAGAAAAACAACUUCAUGUACUUUUUACCUCGAAAGACGGUUAUCUUGCAAAGAAAAAAAAAGUGCAAAUAAUAAAAUAAGACUCAAGUGCGAGAGUAAAGCGGAUGAAAAUGAAUUUUUUAUUUGACAAGAAGUGUUAAGAGUGUAGAAUUUUUAUGGCUUCUUUUUUUCCCGUUGAAAUAUUUUCAAAUCAAUAUAUAUAAAAAUCAAAAAAUCAAGAGAAUUAUAGAAACGGGAUAAACGUGUUUUUUUUUAAAAAAAGGUCUCAUCACACAAGAGAUGAAACUAGAUUAAAAGAUUCAUAUAGCGAGAUUACGAGAGAAAAAUAUAGCCUGUGAAAAAGAAAGGUGGCACGUGUUAUGCGAAUAAUCCGCGGUGAGUUGUUUAUGGGGAAGUGGGCCGAUGCCCUGAAGCUGUAGGUGCGAUACGUACUCGAGGGAUAUACACAGGAAGGAAGAAAAAGAGCUGCAGGCUCAAAAAGUCAAGAAGAAGAAAAAAAAGAGGAAAAAAAAAUUCACAGGAAGUGAAAAGUCAAAAAAUACAAAUAGAACAGAAAGAAAGAAAUAAAAAUGAGCAGAAGAACUUCGCCAUUAAUGGGCCUAAAUUCAUGCGAGAGAAUAAGGCCCGAAAGGCCCAGGAACACCAUUCAAAGACUGGUUUGGAGACCUGGAUCACAAUUUCAAGUCGGUCAUGUGUGGCCCUCAGAUGAUGAAGGAUCAAAUCCUCGAUUGGCUCUCAGAAGAUUAUUGAGAUUGUACGAAGGCAGGCAAUAUCGGGAAGCGGCAGGAUUUCUUAUGAGACUGCCACAUUAUACCUUGAGGGCAGCUUUACCGGAUAUCCCCAUAGACCUUUUAAUAGAAACUCUACCCCACAGUUUGGCCCUUCUUGAGGCACUUUAUUUAAGACUGAUUGACCUUCAUAUUGAAGAUGGAAAAAUUUUACGAAUCGAACAAAUACUAUGGAAAAUUGUCAAUUUAAUCUCAUCAAGUCAGGUUCAUUUUCAUCUGAGAAUAUGGACUAAACUAUUGGGUGCACUCUAUCGAAUAUCACCAAAUGCCAAAAAUAUGCUCACUGCAAGACGAAGAGCUUUGGAAAGAGCUGUCGAGGGUCUCGGUAAACAUGGUUUGGUCCCGUCGAAUCAGAUUUCCGGUUUAGAAAACUCUACUUCGCAAAAUCUUGUCCCUCUACCAGUUGCACUCAAAGAGGAACUAGAGGCUCGCUCAGAAGCCUACAAGUUGGCACUUCACAAGCUUGAAAGCUGUGGGAAACACACUGGCACUCUCAAAGCUGACAGUGGAGUACAAGCAGCGUCACAUCAGAGACAAUUAUCUUUAAAAUAUAGUGAGGUACAACAACGUUUAAUCGAUAAUCAGAGUCUACUGAAUACACUGGAAAAAUCAAAUGAAGAAUCUUUAAAAAAUCUCCUAACAGAAUUGAAGCGUCGCGUUGAACAAGACAAGGAGGCUUUAAGACAAUGGACAGCUUUAAGAAAAUCGAACGUUGAUUCCGAGGCAAAUAAAAAUCCAACCCUUGCCGUUAAAUUAUUGCAGUUUUCCCGGGGAUGUGCCCUAGCUCUACAACUGAUGAAUGAAGACAGCACUCAGGAAAUUCAUAUAGACGAGAAUCUGGGCGACGAAUACGAGGAAGAAUCCAGCAGUGCUGGAUAUCACACUGACGAGAGUUGUAGUCCCACACCAGAACCAAGUAUCACGAACAUUAUUGCCAGAAGCAAUCUCAGUGAGGCGUUACAAAACCUAUCCAACUUAGAUGUGAACGUCAACGUUGAACGUCUCGCAGAAAGAUAUGGAGCCCUUUACGCUCAUGCACAUUUACACACAUUGGAUGCACUCGAUUCCCUGGAACCCCUUCGAGACGCCCCUGAGCUCAAAGCCAAGAUUCUCUACUCCAUCGUGGUGCUAUCGUGGCGAGUCGCUGGAAUAAUUCAAACCUCUCGAAGACUGGAGGCCAUUAAGAUUUUAAAUGGAACGAGUUCACAGGCAAUAAAUACAAGCAGUAGUGAAGUUUCGCCCGAAUUGGAAGAGUGCAUCAGACGCCAAUUGGCAACUUCCGGUGCACAAACGGGAAUACAGGAAGUUACAGAGCAAAUUCUCAGCCAAUUAAAAAGGACCCUUUACGACUUUCCCUGUCUAAAGGUAUGUUUGGAAAUUAAAACCUAUGCAAAUGUAUGUUCAAGCCUCGCUUGGGUUUGCUUAGCAAGACCGAUACCUUUGGUGUUGGAUGUUGCACAAGGGGUUGAAUUUAGACGAGAACUUCAUGCACGACAUCAUUCAUCACCAAAUCCAAAUGGAACUAAAAUAAGAGCUGUACAUUGGCCAGGACUACGACAAGGUUGUCAAGGACUUUGCCUCCAUAGAGCUAUUGUCACAACUAUUUGAAAUGAAUUAUUCCAUCUUCUUUUCCCUAAAAUGUAUAAUUAAAUUUUUAAAUUUAUUAAAAAAUUUAAUUUCUCAUCAUGUAUUUUAUGUAAAUAAUAAUUAAAAUUAUUCAACUGUUUGUUCUU